CUGGGUUUGAUCCAGUGUUCAACCAGAAAGCCAUGCUGUGUGGCUGGAUUGGUGGGGCUGAGGCAGAGUACAUGGAGAGGCUGUCUGAGAGGGAGGUGGGCGAGGCUUGCACACAGCUGCUACGCUGUUUCCUUGGAAGGAGUGAUAUCCCAAAUCCCAAGAGAGUAUUCAGAUCUCAGUGGGCAACUGACCCCUUCUUCAGAGGAUCCUACUGUUACCAUAGCCUGGGUUGUGAAUGCCUUAAAGAGGACAAGGAGGAGAACCAUCUCAAUACUCCAGUGUGUGCUGUGAUGAGUGAUGGUCGGAAGGUUCCUGUGUUGGUGCUAGCUGGAGAAGCUAAUAGCAAAUGCUACUAUUCUACUGUCCAUGGAGCUCUACAGAGUGGUAUGAAACAAAUUUCCCAUUACAUCCAAAGUACCACAAGACUGCACAAGGACCAGAACCUAAUUAAGAGUAAAAUGUAAUGAAAUUCCACAGUCACAAGCACAGACAACAGGCAAUAACUGCAUGUAGAGUAUUUACAGAUUGCAUUUGAGGUAUAGAAUGUAUCUAUUUGCCCUUAUUAUGGCUUGCU